AUCAGUCACCCAAGUGUUGCUGUGUUUUGAAGUGUGGCUGCUGAAGCGUAACUUUGUUCUACUGUCUGUCUCUAAACUCCGGUCAGGAUUCGCAGAUUCAAAUGGGGGUUGGACUUUAGACUCUAAAGCCUGUCUUGGGUAAUAUAAUAGCUUACAAGCACACAGAGCUAAGAUUCCACAGAGAGGCCACACACACACACACACACACACACACACACACAUACGCACACGCACGCAAGAGAGUGAGAGUACAGCCCCUCUGCUGACAAGCCCCUGCCAGAUCUCGGGGAGGUGGAUUCCUGUGCUCACAGCGCUGAUAGCCAUGCGUGGGGAGGGCUGGGUGUCUGCCGUGGGGCUGCUGGCCUGGCUGUGCUGUGUGCCGGGGCCCGUGCGGGGGGAGAAGGUGCUGGUCAUGCCGGUGGACGGCAGUCACUGGCUCAGCAUGCAGAUCCUGGUGCAGGAGCUCACCCGGCGCGGCCAUGAGAUGGUGGUGCUGGUGCCCGACACCAGUCUGCUGAUCGGAGGCUCGGCCCACUACAGGACGGAGAUCUUCCGUGUGCCGUACAGCGCAGCCCAGCUGGCCGCCAGCGUGGAGAGCCUGAAGGAGGGCGCCUUCCAGAAGAGCCCGGAGCUGAGCGACGUGCUGGUGAACGUGCAGAGGCUGCUGAACUUCACCAACAUGCAGGUGCGGGGGUGCGAGGCGCUGCUGUAUGACGUGCCGCUGAUGCAGCGUCUGCGCGAUGAGCGCUUCCAGCUCAUGCUGACCGACCCCUUCCUGCCCUGCGGCUCCAUCCUCGCCCACGCCUUCGCACUGCCCGCCGUCUACUUCCUGCGUGGCAUCCCCUGCGGGCUGGAGGACAAGGCCGCGCAGAACCCCUCGCCACCCUCCUUCGUCCCGCGCUUUUUCACGGGACACUCCGACCGCAUGGACUUCCUGCAGAGGGUGAAGAACGUGGUGAUGACGGUGGUGGAGGAGAAGCUGUGUCGGACACUCUUCGCCAGCUUCGAUGAGCUCUCCAGCAGGUACCUGCAGCAGGACAUCACCUACCGGGAGCUCGUGGGCCACGGCGCCGUCUGGCUGCUGAGGUACGACUUCACCUUCGAGUUUCCCCGCCCCUUCAUGCCCAACAUGAUUCACAUCGGAGGCAUCAACUGUGCCAAGAGGAGCCCCCUUCCCACGGAGCUGCAGAAGUUUGUGAAUGAGUCUGGAGAGCAUGGCUUCAUCGUCUUCACCCUGGGCUCAGUAGUGUCUCAGAUGCCAGUGGAGAAGGCAAAGCUGUUUUUUGAGGCCUUCAGACAGAUUCCUCAAAGGGUUCUGUGGAGAUACACUGGCCCAACACCUGACAACCUUCCAGAAAACGUCAAGCUCAUGAAAUGGCUGCCACAAAAUGACCUUCUAGGCCACCCCAAAGCCCGGGCCUUCAUCACCCACGGAGGAACCCACGGCAUCUACGAGGGCAUCUGCAACGCUGUUCCCAUGGUGAUGAUGCCUCUGUUUGGUGACCAGGGUGACAACGUGCAACGCAUGGCCGUCCGCGGCGUGGCCGAGGUCCUCAGCAUAUUUGAGGUCACCACAGAAACACUACUACAGGCGCUCAACAAGGUCAUCAACGAUACAAGUUACAAAGAUAACAUGCUGAAGCUGUCAGCAGUGCAUAAGGACCGCCCCAUGGAGCCCCUGGACCUGGCGGUGUUUUGGACUGAGUUCGUCAUGAGGCACAAAGGGGCAGAUCACCUGCGGCCAGCUGCCCAUCACCUGAACUGGGUUCAGUACCACUGCCUGGACGUCAUCGGCCUGCUCGUUGUCAUUGUAGUGACUGUUGUCAUGGUAACAGUUAAAUGUUGUGCUUUCUGUUUUCGGAAGUGCUGCAUGAGAAAGUCUCUGAAGAAGAAGGAGGAUUGAACUCAUUCUAACGCAUCAGCUGGAUUAGGGCUGUAGGAGGUUGGGUUAUGGGUGAGCGGGGUGAGGGCUGAUGAGAAAGUCAUUUAAAUACAGAGGGAGGCUUUAGAUUGUUCAGGCAAUACAUUAAACAAUGGCACUGCAGGUGCCUUUUGGAGCAUAGCUAGCACAGAUUGCCAAACAGUGUACAGUCAUGUAAUUAACUUACUCCUGAUAGCAGCAGAUUGUUCCACUCUAACUGAUCAUUCUGGUUCACUGACAGCUUGCAUCAUCGAUGCUGCUGGUGUGUCCAGCACCAUUAGAGGGCGCCCUACUGACCAAACAGCCAGGUCUGCCAUGUAAGGAGUCACAUGCUACUGCUGGAACAUUUUAAGAAAUUGUUUCAAAAAGAAUCGAAUGCAUAGCCUCCGCUUCAAAUCUCUAUCUGAUCGAAGCUGAAGAUCAAAGUAAAGAUUAAAGUGACCUGAAAA